UGUGCACAGAUUCUGAAUCAAUAAAUCGGUUCGUCAUCUUCUUCUAAACCCCAACCUAAACCCCAUUGCUUGUGAGCAAAGCCAUUGUAAAACCAAGGGAAGAUUUUGCCCAUCUAUACAAUGAUCGAUAAUCGAUUGCUUCUACUGCUACGAAAGUCCAGAUCCGUAGCCCUCAAAUUUUCCUCAUCAAAUUCCCCAAGAUGCAAUACAUUUUCCCCACAUUUUCAACUCUCAGUUGAGCCACAAUCCAGAUUUUAUUCCUCGUUUCAAAGAAUUAUCCCUGGAGCCUCGGUCACACGAAGCUUAGUCGGCCGUGGUUUAAUAAGAUCGUUGCUUCAAAAUGAUUUUAAGAACUUUUGUAAACCCUCAUUCAGAAAUUUCUCCACUUCGGCAUCUAUUUCUUCAAAAAACACCGGAGGAGUGAAGCUUCUGGUCACUGCUGGGCCCAAAGCUCAGAAAGCAGUUGGUAUUUGGCUUUUUGUAUCCGCUGCUUGGGUCUUCAGUAUGGUGGUACUUGGCGGUGUCACUAGGCUGACUAGAUCCGGCCUUUCAAUGACUGAUUGGAAAUUCACUGGUGGUCUUCCUCCUAUGUCGGAUGAUGAAUGGCUAGUCGAAUUUGAAAAAUACAAGCAAUCACCUGAAUACAAACGAAUAAAUAAAGGGAUGAAUCUUGAUGAUUUUAAGUUCAUAUAUUGGAUGGAGUAUGCCCACCGCAUGUGGGGAAGAGCAUUGGGCAUAAUGUUUGCGCUUCCUUUCUCGUACUUCCUCCGAAAAGGAUAUAUUACAGUCGGACUGGGACUUAGGCUCUCUGGACUAUUUGCUCUUGGUGCUGGACAGGGACUAAUUGGGUGGUGGAUGGUCAAGAGUGGUUUAGAGGAACCCCCCUCUGAGUAUACUGAACCACGAGUGAGCCCUUACCGCCUUGCAGCUCAUUUGACCUCAGCAUUUGCUAUUUACACUGGGUUGUUUUGGACUGCUCUUUCUGUUGUUAUGCCCGAACCCCUUGCAGCAGAAUCCAGAGUGUGGAUUCAGGGGGCAGCGAAAGUCAAGCGUAUUGCACUUCCUGUUAGCAUUCUAGUUGGGAUCACCGCUGUGUCGGGAGCAUUUGUUGCUGGCAAUGAUGCAGGCCGUGCCUAUAAUACUUUCCCAAAGAUGGGUGACACAUGGAUUCCGGAUGAUGUACUGGUCCUGAAGCCGCUGAUACGCAAUUUCUUUGAGAAUACCGCAACAGUGCAGCUCGACCAUCGAAUACUUGCUACUGCAUCAUUAUGCGCUAUUGGUGGCUUGUGGUUGUAUACAAGGAAACUCGAUCUACAUCCUGCAAUACGGUCUUUGAUAGGAAGCACAAUGGGUAUGGCUGCCCUUCAGGUUACCUUGGGGGUUACAACUCUUCUAUCAUAUGUCCCAGUUUCACUAGGCUCUGCCCAUCAAGCUGGAGCUCUAACUCUUCUAACCUUUAUGAUUCUUCUCAACCACACUCUGCGUCGGCCUUCGUUGCAACUUCUCAAGACUCUCCCUUCUGUUGUGAAAGCACCCUAGAAGAUACUAUGACAGUGGUCAAAUGUUUUCUACAGCUGAGCUGUUAUCAGCAUGAAUAAGAUGAAUGUGUUUUUAGUGGUGUUAGCGAUGAAUUGUGAUUUGUUCAUUUUUUUUAUACCUCUAAACUAACCUGAUUGAUAUGAGUCAUAUCGAUAACUUUAAUGACCUUUGUCUAUAA